GCAGCAGCAGCAGCACCUGUCACUGUGAAUGCUUCGCCCUGCAACACUCACUCCUUCUGUCCACCGUCGGCGAUCGCACCACCACUCCUUCAUUUCUCCGGCAUAAAUGAACUGUUUAAAUUCAGUCGCCUCGAUUCUGACAUUUCAGUUUAAGAUAUGAACUUAUGCUUCAAGCUCCGACGUUUGAGAUUCAUUCCUGUAUAGCCGAGCUCUGAAUUUUAAUUUCGGUGUGAAAGUGAACGUUAUAAAUGGACAUAUUGUUUGCUCAGAUCCAAGCGGACCUCCGCUCCAAUGACGCGCUCCGGCAGUCCGGUGCUUUACUCCAAGCGCUGCAACAAUGCGCCGCCGGACGGGAUAUCUCCGUCAUCGCAAAAUACGCAGUCGAAGAAAUCGUUGCUUCCCCAGCCUCCGCGGUCUCCAAAAAACUCGCGUUCGACCUCAUCCGCUCUACUCGCCUCACCGCUGAUCUAUGGGAAACCGUGUGUAGCGGCAUUCGCAACGACCUCGAUUUUCCUGACCCUGACGUCACCGCGGCCGCCAUCUCAAUCCUGGCAGCUAUCCCCUCCCACCGCCUAGGCAAACUCAUUACUGACUGCAAUAAAGAGAUUUCUGCUUGCUUCGAUUCGGCCAGCGAUAACCUCCGCUUUUCAAUAACUGAAACACUGGGUUGCAUUCUCGCACGUGACGAUAUCGUGACAUUGUGUGAAAACAAUAUUAACUUGCUCGAUCGUCUCUCCAAUUGGUGGAAUCGUAUUGCUCAAAACAUGCUUGAUAAAUCCGAUAAUGUUUCAAAGAUCGCGUUUGAAUCCAUUGGGAAAUUGUUUCAGGAACUUGAAACAAAGAGAAUGAGUCGGCUCGCUGGAGACAAGUUAGUUGAUACUGAAAAUUCUGUUGCUAUCAGAUCAAAUUGGGUUUCAUCAAUGGUUGAUUUUGUGUGGAAGAGGAGAGAUAUAUUGAUGGCUCGAUCAUUAAUUUUACCAAUAGAGAGUUUUAGAGCGACCGUUUUUCCGUUGGUUUAUGCAGUGAAGGCAGUGGCUUCAGGUUCAAUAGAGGCAAUCAAGAAAAUAUCCAGGUCAUCAAAGACUAGGAAUACUUCCGAUUCAGGGCAUGAAGAGAGCUUCGUAGGAGUGUCCAAUAUGGUAUCACAUUUGGCGCCAUUUUUGGUAUCAUCAUUGGAUCCUGCAUUGAUAUUUGAGGUGGGGAUUAAUAUGUUGUACUUGGCUGAUGUUCCUGGAGGGAAGCCUGAGUGGGCCUCUGAGUCAAUUAUUGCAAUUCUCACACUUUGGGACAGGCAGGAGUAUUCUUCCGCACGCGAGAGCAUAGUUAGAGCUGUGGUUACUAACUUGCACCUCCUUGACCUUAGUAUGCAGGUGUCGCUGUUUAAAAAGCUGCUUCAUAUGGUGAGAAACUUGAGGGCGGAAUCAGAUCGAAUGCAUGCUUUGGCAUGCAUCUGCCGAACUGCUCUCUGUGUCUAUCUUCUUGCAAAAGAGAAUGUUCGUCGAGGUCAAAAACCACUUGUUGGAACAGAUAUCGCUUCACUAUUUGAAGAUGCCAGAAUAAAGGAUGACCUACACAGUAUCACUAGCAAGAGCCUGUUUAGAGAAGAACUAGUUGCAAUGCUGGUAGAAAGCUGCUUCCAGUUGUCCUUGCCAUUGCCUGAGCAAACGAGUUCAGGUAUGGAGAGCAGGGUGAUUGGAGCUUUAGCAUAUGGAACUGGUUAUGGUGCAUUGAACUGGACAGAACCAGCCCUGGAAGUAGUGGAAGUGUGUAGACCAUGCAUUAAAUGGGAUUGUGAUGGUAGGACAUAUGCCAUUGAUUGUUAUCUAAAGUUGCUUGUUAGACUUUGCUACAUUUAUGACACCCGAGGUGGUGUCAAAAGAGUCAAAGAUGGGGCUUCUCAGGAUCAGAUAUUGAAUGAAACACGGUUGCAAAAUUUGCAGCGAGAGCUUGUUAGGGAUCUCCGUGAGGUUCACACCCCUAGAAUCAGUGGCCGUCUUCUCUGGGCUAUUUCAGAGCAUAUUAACUUGGAGGGACUGGACCCCCUUCUUGCUGAUGACCCUGACGAUCCAUUAAACAUAAUUUUAACAAAUAUCCACAAAGUUCUAUGCAACAUAGAUUCAUCUCCUAGUACAACAAAUCGGCUUCAAGAUGUUCAAGCAGUUCUUUUAUGCGCACAGCUUUUAGGAUCACGGAAUGCUAGGGCUGGACAAUUGUUGCCUAAAGAGCUUGAAGAAUUUAGGAGCCAUCCCUCUGCUGAUUCAGUCAAUAAGCACCAGUGCCGUUUAAUACUACAGAGAAUUAAAUAUGUUUCAAGUCAUUCAGAUGAUAAAUGGGCGGGGGUUAGUGAAACCAGAGGAGAUUACCCGUUUAGCCACCACAAGCUAACUGUUCAGUUCUAUGAUGCAUCUGCUGCUCAGGAUCGGAAACUAGAGGGAUUGAUACAUAAGGCUAUUUUGGAACUCUGGAGACCAGAUCCCAGUGAAUUAACUCAAUUGUUAGCAAAAGGGAUUGGCUUAAAUUUGAUCAAGGUUACGCCUAGUGCAAUUACUUUAACGGGUAGUAGUGAUCCUUGCUAUGUUGAGGGAUAUCACUUGACAGAUCCAAAUGAUGGAAGGAUUACCCUGCAUUUGAAGGUUCUGAAUCUUACAGAGAUUGAACUAAAUCGUGUUGACAUUCGUGUUGGUCUGUCUGGUGGGUUAUACUUCAUGGAUGGAUCUCCUCAAGCAGUUCGGCAGUUGCAUGAUGUUGUUUCACAGGAACCAGUAAGGUGCAGCGUGACUGUUGGGGUUUCCCAUUUUGAGCGUUGUGCUCUGUGGGUCCAAGUCCUGUACUAUCCAUUUCAUGGUAGUGGUGCUCCAGAAGAUUAUGAAGGGGAUUAUUCUGAGGAAGAUCCACAAAUUAUGAGACAAAGGAGAUGUCCGAGGCCUGAAUUAGGAGACCCUGUGAUUUUUAGAUGUCUGCCAUACAAAAUUCCGCUUACUGAACUUCUGGUGCCGCAUAAAAUUUCACCUGUUGAGUAUUUCCGUCUAUGGCCUAGUUUACCUGCUAUAGUGGAGUGUACCGGUACAUAUACAUACGAAGGAAGUGGUUUUAAGGCUACAGCUGCCCAGCAGUAUGGGGAGUCUCCUUUUCUCAGUGGCUUAAAAUCUCUGUCUUCGAAGCCUUUCCAUAAAGUUUGCUCACAUCUGAUUCGGACUGUUGCUGGAUUCCAGCUAUGCUAUGCUGCUAAAACUUUGUUUGGAGGGUUUCUCGGCAUGAUGAUUUCUGGUGCCAGUGAAGUAAGCAGAAACGUGGACCUUGGAGACGAGACCACCACCAUGAUAUGCAAAUUUGUGGUUCGAGCUUCAGAUGCAUCUAUCACAAAGGAGAUUGGUUCAGAUCUACAGGCCUGGAUGGAUGACCUUACUGAUGGCACAAUUGCGUACAUGCCUGAAGAUGAGGUCAAAGAAGCAGCCGCGGAGAGGCUGCGAAUCUCAAUGGAACGGAUAGCUUUGCUAAAGGCAGCACGGCCUCGUCGAAAGUCUUCCACUUCUGAUGAUGAUGAAGAGAAGGAAGAGGAUGAAGAGAAAAAAGAUACAGAGCAUAAAGACUACGAGGAAGAUGGAAAAGGCAAGGGACCUUCCACAUUGUUUAAAUUAACUGCAGAGGAAGUCGAACAUCGUGCUCUUCAAGCAGCUGUAUUGCAGGAAUGGCACAUGCUGUGUAAGGACAGGAGGAAACUCAAUUAGCUGAUCUUUUUUUUGGUCAUCAGGUUUUGAUUGC